AUGCAACUAACGCUCGCUACCUCGCUCCUCGCGCUCAGCGCCUUUGCUCUCGCAGAAGCCGAUGGCCCACAACAUGGCCCUCCACCACCUCAGGGCGCCGCGGCAAUCGAAUCCGCCGUAACCAGUCUGGCCUCACAAACGAACUUGCCAGCUGAUAUCACCUCUCUCGCUCCUGCUCUUAGCUCUGCUGGUAUCACUGGUGUUGUCAUCUCUGGAAGUGCGGAACCUACUGGCACUAGUGGAAGCGAUUCUUAUGGCAACGAAGGUCAAUCUGGAGGACAAGGUCAAUCUGGAAGUGAAGGAGAGUCGGGCAACAGUGGCGACAGCAAUGAGAAUAACAACAACAACGAUGAUGAUGACAAUAACGGAGAUCGCAAUGGGGCUUCGGUUCCUGUACCGCAGGUUGUUGUUGCUGGUGGUGCUGCGGGGUUGGGUAUGGCUGUGUUGGCUUUCCUUUAG